AUGUUCGACCUCUUUGCGAUGCUCUUAUCCUCUAUCGCAUCCUUCCUCUUCCCCAUCUUUGCUUCCUACAAAGCCCUUAAGACGUCGGAUCCUGCACAGCUGACGCCAUGGCUCAUGUACUGGGUCGUCUUUAGCUGUUGUCUGCUGGUGGAGUCGUGGGUUUACUUCAUCCUUGCGUGGGUGCCGUUCUAUGGCUACAUCCGCCUUCUCUUCUUCCUAUACCUGAUUCUGCCGCAAACCCAGGGCGCUAGGGUGCUAUACGAGCAAUACGUCCACCCCUUCCUCCGCGACAAUGAAUCGCAAAUCGACGAGUUCAUCGCGAGCGCCCAUGAGCGUCUCAAGGCGGCCGGUAUCGAUUACUUCCGAAAGGCAAUCGACUACUUGAGAGUCAAUGUCCUAGGCCUGCCACCGAGUGAGCCCGAGCCUCCCACUCCUCCUCCGAACACCUACCAGAGCUACACGCAGUCGCUCCUCGCUCGAUUUAGCAUUCCGACGGCGACCGGACCUGCCGCCCCGUCAAAUGUGGGCUCGGAUCUCUUCGGUCUGCUGGCCAGCGCCGUAGCCGCGGCGACCGGUGGCUCGGGGGCACGAAGCGACGCUGCUGGCGUAUCGUCAUCAUCAGUCGUCCCAUCUCACAUACAAGACUCGGGCGAGAGGAUGACCUUUAUCGCCUCCCAGCGGGACCGUCUCAACGUCCUCCUCACAGCUCUGGAUCGUGAAGCGGCGCAGAUUCAACGAAAUGGCGGACAGACGCAGUCCCGAUCUCGCUCCAGGCACAUGGAUAGCGACGAAGAGGUCACACAGAGGCCGCCCAGCGGGCUCAGCGGAUGGAGUGGACUGAGCAAGAGCCGCAGCGAGACCGACUUUGAGAAGAUCGAUGCCGAGAGCGGGGCUGAAGAUGAGGCCAACCUCCGGCGCCGUCAUGCUGGAGGUGGUGAUGGUGGUUCGUGGAUGCCUUGGGGUCGCAAUACGCAGCCAGGUACAGGUCACAGCUCUGGGCUAGAGGACUAGGAACAACAAGAACAUCGCAAAUGGCUGGCCCGCGAGUAUAGACUGAACGCGUAGACCACCUGUUACCGCCAUGUCGCGUGGAUGCUAUACAUGAAUUUGUAUGGAGACUUGGACACUCUUUGAGAUAUUGAAUCAUGAUAUAUCGAGGGGAGUAAAAAACGGCCCCCAUAGAUGCCUUUUUUGUGUACAUCCAACCCAUAGGUCUAAUCGAAACCUUGCUACAUGGCAUCAAACAAAAAACCCUGUUUCUCUAACACAAGUAUCAUACAAGUCCACUCCUCGCCCGUGUUGUCAUCAAUGUAGUUGUUUUCGGGGGUGUCUCUUUUAUUGCAAUUCGCACAUUUUGCACUCCCUAGGUGAUCGUCAAGUCCUCGUAAAAUUCUCCCUCGGCGACUUAAAGAAGCUCACCCCAUCCGGUGUUUGGUCCCUAUUUGCUGACCUUGUAGGGGUAUGACACAUCCACAUCGCCCUUCCUAUACCACUGCACUCGCU